AGAAUAUGAAUGAACAUUUGAGGUUAUGAAAUUUAUUAUUUGUGAUUGUUUUGGAUGUUCAUUUUCAUGUAAGAUAUUGUAAUUGACGGAAAACGUCAUCAACCCUGUUUAAUCUUGAUCGCAUUUACUAUGGGGAUAAUAUUUGGCAAGAAGAAGAAAACAUCUCGAGUAACUGAACAAGAUAAGGCGAUUCUCCAGUUGAAGCAACAGAGGGAUAAAUUGAAACAGUACCAAAAGAGAAUUGAGUUAUCAUUGAGCAAAGAUAGAGACAUUGCCAAAAAACUAUUGAGUGGUGGGCAAAAAGAUCGAGCCAAAUUACUUCUUCGUAAAAAGAGGUAUCAAGAGCAGCUUCUGACAAAAACGGACAACCAAUUAGACAAUUUGGAGAAAUUGACUCAUGAAAUAGAAUUCGCCCAAGUUGAACUGCAAGUUGUAGAAGGUUUGAAAGUUGGAAAUGAUGCUCUAAAAAAAGUGAAUGAUGCUCUCAAUAUUGAAGAUAUUGAAAGCAUACUAGAAGAGACUAGAGAGGGCAUAGAGAAACAAAAUGAAAUAAAUGAACUAUUGAGUGGUAAACUGACUGAUGAAGAUGAAGCUGCUGUCGAAGAAGAAUUGGCAGCUAUUAUUACUGAACAAUUGCCUGAGGUGCCUUCAGAGGAUCCAGUACCCCAAGUUGAGAAAGAAGAAAGUGCCAAAGAUAGUAGAAAGGAAAAGAAAACCAAAGAUAAGGAUUCUGUAGCAGUUAUGGCCUAAUUCUUUUGAAAUACAAACAGUUGCUAAUGCCAUUUUACAUUUUUGAGUUGAAUGUUUUUUGAAAAUUUGAAAAUUAUUACAA